GAAUCGCAUAUUUUUCAAUAGUAAAAUAUAUUAAAGAACAUUCGUACUCGUCACAUCAACCUAGUGAACAUAGUUACUAGAAUAAUUAACGAUAAUCAAUCUGAAAAUUAGAUUGGAAACCGUCCGCUUGAUACGGAUUUUUUGCUUCCACUAACUUGUUCGUCAAUUGUUUACGUUAGCCAUACAUUUUAGUUUUAGAGAGAACCCCGAACCCACAAAAUCAUAACCAGCACAUUAACCGAAUCAACAUUUGACACGUGUUUCUGUCUGCUACACUAACAACAACUUUAGCGGACGCUGUCUCGUCAUUCCACUGUCGCAUUUGUACUUGUGACUGUGUAUUUAUUUUAUAAACCAAAAUACGAAGACCACGCCAAACUAUAAUAAAAUAAAUUGAAAUUCCCAGUCUAGAUCUUCUAUAUAAAGAGACACGUACAUACCAAGCAUGGCGGCUCAUUGCUCAUUUGUCUCACCUAAAAAAGAAAAUAAAAAAAAGGGAAAACAAAAUUGAAAGAUAGAUAGAUAUGGGAAGAGGAAGAAGUUCUUCGUCGUCUUCUUCUAUAGAGAGUACCAGUAAGAGCAACCCAUACGGUCCCUCUUCAAGUACACGAAACCUAAGCACGGAUCUAAGGCUCGGACUCAGUUUCGGGGCAUCCUCAGGGACGCCAUAUUUCAACGGUGGUUACGGGUAUUCUGUUGUAGAUCCGACGGCAGAGUAUAAGGUUGCGGUGGCUGAGGAGGAGGAAGAAGAGAACGAGUGUAACAGCGUAGGGAGCUUCUACGUGAAAGUGAACAUGGAGGGAGUUCCAAUUGGGAGAAAGAUCGAUCUCAUGUCUCUUAAUGGCUACCAUGAGUUGAUCAGAACCCUAGAUUUCAUGUUCAACGCAUCCAUUCUCUGGGCUGACGAAGAAGAGAUGUGCGGCCAGAAGAGUCAUGUGCUAACAUACGCGGACAAGGAAGGUGACUGGAUGAUGGUUGGUGAUGUUCCGUGGGAAAUGUUUUUAUCUACCGUCAGAAGACUGAAGAUUUCAAGAGCUUACCACUACUGAUGUUUAAGUCUACUUGUGUGUUCAUUAAAAGUAAUGCCAAGAAAAAAGUUUUUGUCGUAUGUAAAUCCAUCGUCAGUUUAAGUUAUUUAUUUUAUAAAAAAAAUCGUUUUUCGUUUACGAUGAUAGUACAUACAUUCUGAACUCACUCUGAUUAUUCUCCUCGGUAAUACCCAAAAAGGAAAAGAAUAAAAGAAAAUCGAAAAACAAAUAGCUGUGAAACAAACCAAUCUUGGGUCGAGAUAUUCUUUCGGCGGGUCGAACAAUCACACCAUUGGUCACUGACUUUAAUAUUUGGUUUAACUGUUUCACUUGAUAUGAAGUUAAAUUCACCAUUGGUGCUCCAGUUUGCUUGGCUAUCCUUUUUCUCCUUUAGUCUUUAUAAGUUUCUGGAGUUUUGUUAGCUUCAACCCUUUGACUCCGGGUGUUUUCAUUUAACACGCAGGCUAUUGGCUUCAAAAAGGUAAAGGUUCUAAAUCUUUGCCGGCUUUGAGUAUAUGUUGACGUUUAAAAUUAAUAUUAAUCCAUCGGAUGACAAAAAAAAGAAGUAAAACUUUCAUUAGAUAAUUGCCAAGAAUGUUCGCCAAUAAAUUCAGCUAAUCUAAUACCCUAUACAAAACCACUUGAUAUGAAAUAACGAUCGGUGAGAGUGGAUUAUAAGUUGUAUUCACCACUUAAGAAGAUUACUAAUCGAUGAUCAACGACAAACCAGCUCGGAUCCGACUCUUUGUUUCUACUCAAUAGCUCAAAUAACCAAACUCAUCCAUGCGCCCAAUCAAUGAUAAAUUAUCAUGAAUCAGGCUUUGAUUCUUUAUCAAAAAAAAAGAUUCAGGCUUUGAUUACUUUGUAGAUUUAUGGCGUCCAAUUAGGGUUUUUAGACUUAUUUUGAUUAAUCAGUUUUGUUUUUACACGUGCAUCAACAAAACAUACAUGUGAAGUGACGUUGUUUUAACGACUUUAGUGUUAGAUUGGCCUAAGUUGUUAUUAGGCCGAUAAACCAUGACCGAAUUUAAGAUUUCGAAGGCUAUAAAUAUUUUUUAAGAACUCUAAUAAAUUUGUUUGGCAUAAUUUUAGAGACAUUAUUCAUACUAGAUCGUUUUCCGCGCUACGCGCGGAUAAUUUAUUUUUAAAUGUUAACAAUUUUACAAAAACAAUUUAUGCCUAACAUUUAGUAUGAGAAUGGAAAAAAUGACAUGGACUGAUUCUGGUUGUUUGAAUAUUGAAUGUAAUUUUAUUUUGGAUUUUCUAAACUGUAAUAAAAUUGUAUUUAUUAGUUUUUUUUUUAAAAUACCAAGACUAAUUUCAGAAUACAAAAACUGUUUGAAAUACAAUCGAAAUGUUGCUUUUAGUUGGGUUUCUUGAAGAUUAUCCUUUGAAUUGUAUAGGGAUUUUUUUUUGCUCGAAAUCAUGCAUUAAAUUUUGAUUUUAUCUUGUCUCUGUAGAUAAUGUUUGUCACCACAAUAAUUUUAUAUUUAUGAUUACUUAUGCUUUUCAGCUUUGUGAACAUAGAUACUUAGUUGACUUGUUGUGAAAGUUUUACAGUCGGUGUAUAAUAUAAGUUUUACAUAAGAUGGAAGGUAUGUUAGAAAUGUUAAAUAUCUUUCACAGGUACAUGUUUCUACUAAGCAUAUAAUUAAAAAAAGUAUAUAUGAUCUUUCCUCAAUUACUAUUUUACAAAUUAUGUAUUUAUAAGUUAUACAAUUUUCAAAAAGAAUAAGUUGUGGUGACCAAUAUAAUGACUUUACAUUUUAUAUAAAACAUUAUAAUAGAUAUUAAUUUAAAGAAAAAUCAUAAAUACACUAUAUUUAUAUAUUCUAUGCUUUAAUUAUUUUAUUAUUUAAAACAUUAUAAAUACACUAUAUUGUAUUUAUAUAUUCUAUGUUUUAAUUACUUUAUUAUUUAAAUAUCUGAUUUAUAUCGUUUGAACAGUUUUAUCAUUUAAAACUAUAAUAAAAGUUCUCGAUUUGAUUGAUCUGGAUCUCUUCCACAUAGUGUGGUUGAUCUACACUUCUUUUACUUAAUAUGCAUAAUCUACAUGAUUUGCGCUGUUUGAACUAUUUUUAUCGGUUAACCUUAGAAUUGGGUCAAGCCUUAAGACAAUUCAUAUCAUAACAGUAUAUUAUCUUGUUAAGAAUUUCAAAUUAAUAAAAUCUAAUUAGUCACAACAUCAUUAGAUUUUUAUGAACGAUUUUGUUAUAUAUAAAUUUAUGAGGUAAUGUUGUUUGAAAGUUUUGAUACCUCCAGAGAUUCCAGUAAGCACACCGGUUUAUUAGGACAUGCACAUGUGGUCCACCUCUACUUGCCUAUCGAAACAACACCAACUUUGGUAUCGAACCAAUUAUUAUGUUAAAUCAUUUAUUUACGGGAUCCCUCUAUUUACAAAUAUUGCUUGUGGUCCAAGUUAACCUUGUUCAGAAGGACAACCACCAACUCGCGUUGAAUUUGAAAAGCAACAAAAAAAAUAGAAAUUCAUGAACCAGAAACACAAAUAACAAUCUCAAAGCUAAUUAGUCAUUAUUCCCAAAUUUUAUUACAAAUAAAUACACAGCAAGCAAAAAAAGAGUUCGAUUCUCGAAAACCCUUUUAGCUCACCAUCUCAAGAUUCGAUUCCACAAAAUGGAGUUAGUAUCCAAAAAAUCAAAUCAUCAAUUGAACAAAAUAUUAACAUAAUAAUUGAAUAAAUAGCCAACAAACUU